GCUGGAAAUGUGUCGGAAGGCAUUUUCAAAUCGCUCACCUUCACGACAAGUCAGUCCGAGCAGUCAGUUGUGCCACGAUGAGUGAUUCGGAAUCUUCAUAAUUUUCCAUUCGUUUCGCCGAGCCGUCGCUCUUUCGUCCAGUCGAAAAUUUGGCGCGUCCUGCACCAUCGGCAGCUUUCCCAACGCGCCGAGCUAGCUAUCGCAAUGCUGCCAAUGCAGCGAGCCACCGGCCAAGCGGUGCGAAUCGCCGCACGACGCACACCUUUCUGGACUCAGGUCUCAAGUAAACAAUGUCCUUCAAGAUCAAUCGCACCUACGAUACACAGAAGAACGCUCGCUUCCACAAGCCGGCCAGCUCCACGACCUAUCCCUCGAUCCUCUCCAACCUUCGACUUCCGCUCACACCAGAUCAGACCUGCAUCCACGACUCCCUCACCCGCCAAAUCUCCUAAUCGCUUAGUUCGAUAUACAUACAAGGCCUUCGCCACCCUCGGUCUUUUCGUGGCAAUCAGUGGCGGCCUUGUCGUCGCCUUCUUCAUCUACGAUGCAUCCACCUAUUCCGAGCAGCCCGACUGUUUCGACGUCCCGGUGUCCGAAUACGCUUUGACCCCACGAAGAGGAGGACCAAAGAACCUUCCGAUCGUCGAAUACUUUAUUGACGACGAUGACACGCCGGAAAUGAGGGAGCAAAAGCACAAGCCGAAACUUGUGAUUCUAGGGACAGGCUGGGGUAGCGUCGCUCUCAUCAAAGCUUUGAACGCUGGAGAAUACCAUGUCACGGUCGUGUCUCCCAGCAAUCAUUUCGUCUUCACACCUAUGCUGCCCAGCGCUUGUGUUGGUACGCUCGAGUUUAGGAGCUUGGCGGAACCGGUCCGGAAGAUUGUGAAGCGGAUUCGUGGACACUUCUUAAAGGCAUCCGCACACGAUGUUGAUUUUGAAGAGAAGUUGAUCGAGAUGGAGUCUGUUGGCCCCAACGGAGAGAAGGAGAGAUUCUACCUACCCUACGAUAAACUUGUGAUCGGUGUUGGAUCGAUUACAAACCCGCACGGUGUCAAGGGGCUCGAGCAUUGUCAUUUCUUGAAGGAGAUCAGCGACGCGCGAAAAAUCAGAAACCAGAUCGUGGCCAAUUUCGAGCUUGCAAGCCUCCCGACGACGUCGGACGAGGAACGAAGACGCUUGCUCUCAUUCGUCGUUUCAGGGGGUGGCCCGACCGGUGUCGAGUUUGCAGCUGAGCUGUACGACAUGCUGAACGAGGAUCUCUGCAAAUUCUACCCGCGAUUACUUCGAAAUGAGAUAUCCGUGCAUGUGAUUCAAUCGCGUGGUCACAUCCUGAACACGUACGACGAGGCCCUGAGCAAGUAUGCAGAGGAACGUUUGGCACACGACCAAGUGGAUGUCCAGACCAACGCCCGUGUGAAGGAAGUACAAGCCGACCGCAUUCUCUUCACCACAAAGGACGGAAACGGACAGACCGUGACGAAGGAAUUGCCCAUGGGCUUCUGUCUCUGGUCCACUGGUGUGGCGCAGACCGAAUUUGCUCAGACACUCGCGAAGAAAAUCGAGUCCCAAAACAACCAACACGCAUUGGAGACUGAUUCACAUCUGCGACUCGCCGGUGCGCCAUUAGGCGACGUCUAUGCCAUUGGCGAUUGCAGCACAGUCCAGAACAACGUCUCCGACCACAUCAUCACCUUCCUCCGAACACUCGCCUGGGAAAAGGGCAAAGACCCCGAGAAAAUACAAUGUACCUACAGCGAGUGGCGCGACGUGGCGAAGCGUGUCAAGGCCCGUUUCCCACAGGCCGGUGACCACCUCCGACGCCUCGACAAGCUCUUCGAACAGUACGAUCGCGAUAAGAGCGGAACUCUGAAUUUCGAAGAGCUUAACGAGCUCCUCAAGCAAAUCGACAGUAAACUGACCUCCCUCCCGGCGACCGCCCAACGCGCUAACCAACAAGGAGUCUACCUCGGCCGGAAACUCAACAAGCUCGCUCAAGCCGCGCCCGGCUUCGCCCUCAACGACGUCACCGAAGGCGACCUCGACGAAGCCGUCUAUAAGGCCUUCGAGUACAGGCACAUGGGCAGUCUGGCCUACAUCGGCAACGCGGCCAUCUUCGAUUUCGGCGGCGGUCUGAACUUUGGCGGUGGUCUCCUCGCGGUCUAUCUCUGGCGCAGCAUUUAUUUCGCCCAGAGCGUCAGUCUCCGCACGAGGAUGCUGCUCGCGGUGGACUGGAGCAAGCGAGCUUUGUUUGGAAGAGAUUUGAUGAACUUUUGAUCGGUGUCCCCGACAGCUGUGCGCCGCAUUUCUCGCUUCGAGGCGAUUCGAGUUCGAUUUUCUGCGAGCUGAUAGAUAUUGCAUGACCGCUCGUGUGUAAGGCACCUACAACAUCCCCCUUUUGCCUUGGGGGAACAAGUGUAUUCCUAUUAGAUCUCGGCGAAUGGUGGAGUUUUGACAGUUGAUGAUAUAUGAUUUUUCUCAUUCGUGGUUUCUGCUUUCUUUUCUGGUUCUCGACAGACGGGAUCGCUCAUUUACAUUUGUCCUGCAGACCACCGAUCUGACCUCACUCUUUGGGCUUGGAAAGAAAUUUUCCAGCUCAGGCUCGUCGUUGAAAGCACUCUCCUGACUACGUAUAGUGGGUUUAGUCAAGCAAUGCAGGUUCAACGCAGACGUUUCUAUCACGACGGUGCUAUAUACUUCAUAUGUUCUAUUGAAUCCGUCCUCCCUUUGAACUUCGCUAAACCUCUGUAAUUAUCCUCGCUUUCGUUCAA